UAUUAUCAUUUGACAGUACCGCACAUUUAGGUCAUUUCAGGUCCUAGAGUGUUUAUACUUGUGAGUGGAACGUGUGCAUAUAAUAUCAUGCUAAUGUUUUGCUAUGAUAUGAUGAAAUUAGUGUGUGUUUUUGAGAGAGUGGAGGAGACGUAGACACAAACUGGUAUGUUUCAGCACCAAUAUUCUGGACAGCGACCACUAUGUCUAUAUUGCGACUCAUGCACAUGUGUGCAUCAUAUCUAUCUAUCUAUCUAUCUAUCUAUCUAUCUAUCUAUCUAUCUAUCUAUCUAUCUAUCAUCAGUUCUUAAAAAUAGCUUAAAACAAGUGCAAGUCUGAGAAGGCUGUAGAAGAUACACUGAAGAUACAUCUGCAUCUUAUAUUCAAUCAUUUUUUAUUUGGAAUUGUGCUUUUCUUUCAAAAAAAAAAAAAGAAAAGAAAAAAGAAAAAGAAAAUGCAUACUCUACACAAAAGACACUGUACUGGUAAAUAAAAAUGGUUAGGUUAUGUUUAACUAACAUAUAUUUAACUGUCAGUCCUAUUCUUGGGGCACAGACCCCAAAAUGACAUUUCCAACUUAAAUUGUUAUAAAUCUUGUAUACUUUGGAGCACAGACUUAUAGACACUUAGAAGUAAAAAAAAAAAAAAAAAGUUAUAGAAGUUUAAUUUCAUGACUCUAAAACUACAAUAAAACCAAAGCCAAAAAUCUGAACAAGUUGUGUUCUAAAUGUUUGGUUGAUAUCUCAAAAAAUGAGCUUUCAGUAAGAUUUUGUUUGGAUGCAGUACCAAACUGUUCCACUAGAUGACAUCCAGGCUCCAUUAGUGACCAUAUUAGCACUUUUUUUUUUUUUUUUGUUUUUUUUUUUUUCUUUAUAUUUAAAACAUUUUCAGACAUGGAAAGACAAACUGAGGUUUCUACGAAUAUUUCCUGCUUUUUCAUGUGCAUUGCUAUUUCGAAGCAAAGGUCUGAACUCGCCUUAUGAAUCUGAACAUAUUUUUGUUGCAAAUUAAUAAAUUACUGUUCCUCUAUCAUUUGCAUUGAAAAUCAGACACCAAAUAUGAAAACUAGAGUUUGUAAGCUUUCAAACGAUAUAUAGUUUUUCAAUAUUACCUUAGGUUUAGACUAAGAUAUUGUUGUUUUAAAUACAUAAUGGCAAACGUCCCGCUGGUGGGAGGGUGACAGUUAAAGGGGGAGACAGCGUGACGUGAGAGAGCUCUGCACCAAUCACAUACUAGAACGUACAAGGUGAUCUACUAUAUCCCCCAGUCAGAGCAGCAGAACAAUGAAGAGAGCUGAAGAGAGAGGGAGGUAGCUUCACAUGCUGCUAUGAAGCCGAUUACAACAAAACGGACACCUUCAUGGGAUUUUAUUACCACAAAAUGAAGAGCUAUUCUUUGUUAAAUUGUUUAUAAUAUAGGAAUAUGUAACCGAAAUGGGAAAAUAUAUGGUGAAAAUGAGACGCGGGACGAAUGGAGAAUCGAAAUGGGCUGCGCGUUGGCUACUCGGUGUCUCUCUUUUGUGGAAUACAGUCGGAGCUCUGACUCGAUACACUAUACCAGAAGAACUACAAGAGGGAUCAGCUAUUGGAAAUAUCGCUAAAGAUCUUGGUCUUGAUGUCUCGGAUAUAGCAAAUCGCAAUUUACGGAUAGCUUCUGAAAACAGCAGACAGUAUUUCAGCGUUGAUUCAGAAAAGGGUGAGUUGGUCGUGAACAGCAGAAUUGACAGAGAAAGUCUGUGCCCUCAAAGCGCAAGCUGCAUUUUGCCAUUACAGGUUAUUAUAGAAAACCCGUUACAACUGCAUAGAGUUGAAAUAGAGAUACAAGAUAUAAAUGAUAACGCACCGAUUUUUCACACAUCAGACGGUAUUUUGGAAAUUGCUGAAUCCAUCUCUCCGGGAGACCGAUUUCCGCUUGAGAGUGCCGAGGAUUUGGAUGUUGGGAGGAAUAGUUUGAAAUCUUAUUCGCUAAGCAACAAUGAAUGUUUUCGAUUAAAUGUGAAAACACUUGGGGAUGGUAGGAAAGUACCAGAGCUUGUAGUUGAUAAACCACUGGAUAGAGAGAAAAAAUCUGUCCACAAACUAAUUUUAACUGCUGUAGAUGGCGGUGAGCCUGCAAAAUCUGGGACUACUUUAAUACAUAUCAAUGUUCUGGAUAGUAAUGACAAUGCUCCAAAAUUUGACUUGCCAGCUUACAAAGCAUCCUUACGCGAAGGUGCUCCCGUUGGUUCGACUGUGUUAACUAUAAAAGCCACGGAUUUAGAUGAAGGUGACAAUGGCGAGAUACAAUAUUUUUUAGGUGUACAUACACCUGAACCUGUGAGAAAAUGUUUUGCUUUGAAACCGGACACAGGGGAAAUGACAGUUGUAGGAAAUAUCGACUACGAAUCUGCUAAAUCAUACAGAUUUGACGUCAGUGCAAAAGACAAAGGGAAUCCAGAACUAUUGGGUCAUUCAUCGAUUCAAAUAGACAUAAUUGAUGAAAAUGACAACCCUCCAGAAAUUAUUUUAACAUCAUCACCCAGCCCUGUGCCUGAAAAUGCCUCUGUCGGAACAGUUGUAGCUUUAAUUAACGUAAAUGAUUUAGAUUCUGAUGUUAAUGGCAGAGUAAACGUAAAUAUAUCCCCUGGGGUUCCAUUCACAUUGAAACCGUCUUUUGAUAAUCAUUAUUCACUGGUAACAGACUCAUCUUUAGAUCGUGAGGUAAAUGCAGAAUAUAACAUAGAAAUAGUAGCGACCGACUCUGGUGUACCACCCUUAAAGACGUUAAAGGCUGUAAAUGUUAAAGUACUUGACGUGAAUGACAACCCUCCAGUAUUCUCGCAGAACUCAUAUAAUGUUUAUAUACAGGAAAAUAACUUUGCAGGUGUUUCAUUGUUUUCUGUAUCUGCAUCUGACAUUGACCAAGAUAAAAACGCUCUACUCGCGUAUUCAGUUUUGGAUUUAAGUUCAAACCCAGCGCCAGCAUCAUCUUAUUUUUAUAUUAAUUCUGAGAACGGAACUAUUUACAGCAUGAGCUCAUUUGAUUAUGAGAAAACGAAACUAAUCAGCAUUGCAGUUCAGGCUAAAGAUCAUGGCUCUCCAUCUCUGAGCAGUAACGCCACUGUUCAUGUGUUUAUUCUGGACCGGAACGAUAACGCACCUGCUGUCAUUUACCCGUCCACAUCCAUGGGGUCUGUCUCUCAUCAGAGGAUGCCCCGUUCUGCAAAAGCAGGACAUCUCGUUACUAAGGUAACAGCAGUGGACGCGGACUCGGGUCAUAACGCCUGGCUCUUCUACAGGCUCGCGGAGGCCACGGACGUGUCACUGUUCAGUGUGAAUUUGCAUACGGGAGAGGUGAGGACUAAACGCGCUGUUUCAGAGCAGGAUGACUCCUCUCAGAGACUGAUGAUAGAGAUAAAGGAUAAUGGAGAACCGAUCCAGUCCACCACAGUCACAGUGGAUAUAUUGAUAGAGGACGGGUUUCAUGAGCCCAUCUCAGACUAUCGUGAGAAAACUAUCGAGCCCAACAAGAAAAAUGGCAAAAUAACAUUAUAUCUGAUCAUCUCUUUGGCUUCUGUGUCCUUGUUGUGUCUAAUGACAUUUUUCAUCCUACUGGUAAAAUGUGCGCGAGGCAGUAGAGGCGGCUCAAGCUGCUGUUUCAGGAGAACUGAUUCUGAAUACAAGAACCCCAACAGAAACCUGCAGAUCCAGCUCAACACUGACGGGCCCAUUAAGUAUGUGGAGGUUCUGGGAGGAGACAUGAUGUCUCAGAGUCAGUCCUUUGGCUCCUAUCUCUCUCCAAUGUCAGAAUUCAGUGAUCUCACCCUCGUUAAGCCCAGCAGCACCACAAACUUUACAGACACUCUAAACGUGCUUGAUGCGUCAUUACCAGACAGUGCUUGGACGUUUGAGAGCCAACAGCAAAAGCCACCUAACUCUGACUGGCGAUUUCCUCCGAACCAGAGGCCCGGACCAAGCGGUACACACAGGUUCCACACCCUGCAGCAGAGAUGGACUCCAUACGAGAAGUCCAGGGCUGGAGUGCGUCCUGACGAGGCAGGUGCCGGCGCUGGUGUGAUAGCAGGAACAGGACCGUGGCCCAACCCCCCUACCGAAGCUGAACAGCUCCAGGCUCUGAUGGCGGCAGCGAACGAAGUAAGUGAAGCCACUGCAACUCUCGGCCCUCGCUACAAUCCACAGUACGGCCCAGACUACCGCCAGAAUGUCUACAUCCCGGGCAGUACCGCCACCCUCACGGCCAACCCUCAGCAACAGGUACCCCAGCAGGCCCUUCCCCCUCCCCAGGCCCUUCCCCCUGCCGAAGUCCCCAAAGCAGCUCAGACACCCGCCAGCAAGAAGAAGCCCACCAAGAAAGACAAGAAGUAAGACACAUGGAAGCACUAUCAGAGAUGCAGAAAUAUGUUGCCAGGAUCUGAGCAUCUCUCCUCACAAAGCGUGUCCACAGGUUUGGUUAAAGAUUUAGAUUUAAUGUUUAUGUCUGUGAGGCUUUUGUUUGUUUGUUUUAGGUUUACCCUUUUUAAUUUAUUGGAUUUUGAACUCUAUUAUGAUAUAUUACUCAAUAACCCCCCAAAAAACAAGCAUUCCCUGUCCUGUCGCUGUAAUGGAACAGUAAACGACUGAACAAGAGGAGGUGUGUUCAGAUUCCUGAAGCUCGUUCUUCGACAGAUAACUCUGUCCUGUAAAUAGCAUUACUAAAACAAGAAGAAAACAUACAUUUCUUCUUUUAUUUUUAUUUUUAUUUUUCCAAAUGUCAUGUUUUGGGCUUUUUGUGUUCUUUUCAGAGCUAAGUAGAUGCUUCUUGUGGUUACAAAAUGAAACGCUGUUAGGCUUUUUAACAAUGUACCACAACUCUCACCUUGACUGAAAAAAUGAGUGUUGAGCUGAACUAUGCAUCGCAAAGAGGAUACUGUAAAACAAGGGGACACGUUAAAGUAUAUUUAAACUGUUUUUGGAAUAAGAGAAUAGAUUUACAUUUGUCUAAAACCAGAUGGUGAGACACUGAACUGUUGGCAUGGUAUUUAAAGAUAGAUUCAGUCUUCUCAUUAACUUCUUAAUAGCCAGUUAAGCAGAGCUGAAUGUUAGGUUAACACCGUUUGACUAUUCUUUGCUAUUAUUUCCUGUUAGUGUGGUAUAAGAAUCCUUUGGAAUUGCAAGUAAUGUAAACAGUGUUUUUAAAGCUCAGAAAAGAUAAUCUCAGCCUUUGUAAGGUCAAGAUCGGAGAUUGAUUUAGGUCAAAGUGAAUGUGCUAAGAGUUUGAAAAGAUGAAGUGAACCGAAAAGAAAGAAACAUUGAAUAUGUGGAAAGACUAAUGACUAACUUAAGCGCAACACUGUACUUGAAUGGAUCUUAGAUGGAAGGAUUCCGUCCUUUAUUCUGCACCAACCACCACCACAGUGUAUAUAAAAAUGUGUAACCUGUCUGUACAAACAUUAGAGCCACAAGGGCUGGCUGUUACAGGAAUGUUUCAGUAUUUUAAAAAAAAAAAAAAAAAAAAAAGCGCAACAAAAAAGACAAUAGAAAAAAAAAAGAACCAGUGUAGUGAUGUAGGAAGAAAACCUUCAAGAUCAUUGACUAACCAAACUGUACAUACUACGAAACUUCUGAAGACACGCAAUCGUAGCUUAAGGCUUGUGGACUAUGUGCAUAUUUUUGUGUUUUUCCCCUUUGAUUACACUUUCUUUCCUUUUCUCCAAUCACCUAAAAUUUUGAAAGAUAACAGACGAUACUUACUGUCAUUAGAGUACCACCCCACCCCACAUCUUACUGUACUUUUCUGUGCUUGUAAUUCCAAUCAGUCGGUAAUGAUACUGGAAUGCCACUCCUGUCUGUUUGACUAUGAAUAUCUAUCUAUAUAUAUAAAUGUCUGUCUGCUGCUUGGCUACCUUUCUGUAUUUGACUGUGGUUCCUUUUAAGAAAUGCUUAGCACCUCAUGUUACCCUUUUUAUUUUACAAGCUAAUAUUUAUAUCACUGUUGAUUUAUGUUUUACUUUAUUAUUGGAACACUUACAUUUGAAAUAAAAUUUUGUCAGAACUCACA